GCAGCCACUGCUCCCUUAUUUAAGAACCUUCAUUAUACCCUUUGGGGAACCACCUAAACACCCACAUUCCUCCUAAACAUAGGCUUCUUCCUUCUCUGCAGCAUUUCUUUCAUUUAAUAUAUUCAUCAACAUGUCUAUGGUGGAAGUGAGAGUUCCUAACUUGGAUUGUGAGGGCUGUGCUUCUAAGCUUAGAAAAGCUCUGUUCAAACUCAAAGGGGUGGAAGAGGUGGAGGUGGACAUGGAUUUGCAGAAGAUAACGGCGAGGGGGUACGGACUGGAGGAGAAGAAGGUGGUCAGGGCAAUCAAACGCGCCGGCAAGGCGGCGGAGCCGUGGCCGUAUCCGGGCAACUCCAAUUACUUCUCGUCGUUUUAUAAGUACCCAUCCCACAUCAUCAGCCAUUACUACGAAACUUCCAGAAACGUGGCGGCGCCAGGUGUGCACACGUUCUUUCACACUCCGGCGGUGUACUCGGUGGCGGUGGCCUCCGACGAGGCGGUUGCCUCCCUCUUCAGCGAUGACAAUCCCCACGCCUGCUCUCUUAUGUGAUUUUAUAUUAUAUUAUAUUAUAUAUAUAUAUUUUUGAAUUAUUAAUUGUCUUAACUAGGAAAGACUUCUUGUUAUGACACUUUAAAUUGUUUAUUAUUUUAAUGUUUUUAUUUGAGAUUUAUUUUAAGGCUUUGUUGAAAAUUGAGGACUUUGGAAUGUGAAAGGGACUUGUUUUGAUCUUUGAU